AUGGCUAAGAAGAGCGUUAGCUCGUUGACCGCGGCUGACCUUAAGGGAAAGAGGGUGUUUGUCAGGGCUGAUCUGAACGUUCCUCUUGCCGGCGAUGAGAUCACUGACGACACGCGCAUUCGCGCUGCAAUUCCCACCAUCAAGUAUCUGACGGAAAAGGGUGCUAAGGUCCUUCUCGCGUCCCACUUGGGACGUCCUAAGGGCGUCACCGAGAAGUACCGCCUUACACCUCUCGUUCCUCGGCUCUCGGAGCUUCUCGGCCAGGAGGUGAAGAAGGUCGACGAUUGCAUCGGCGAGGUCGUCGAGAUGGCCGUCGCGGAGCUCAAGGAGGGUGAGGUGCUGCUGCUAGAGAACGUGCGGUUCCACCCCGAGGAGGAGAAGAAUGUCGCCGAAUUCGCGCAGAAGCUCGCGGCGAACGCGGAUCUCUACGUCAACGACGCGUUCGGCACGGCGCACCGCGCGCACGCGUCCACGGAGGGGGUGACUAAGUUUCUGAAGCCGUCCGUUGCUGGAUUCCUUCUUCAGAAGGAGCUGGACUACUUGGUUGGAGCCAUCGCUGAGCCCAAGCGGCCGCUAGUGGCGAUCGUGGGUGGAUCCAAGGUGUCAACCAAGAUCGGCGUGUUGGAGUCCCUGCUUAACAAGUGCAACGCGCUGCUGCUGGGCGGCGGCAUGAUCUUCACGUUCUACAAGGCGGAGGGCAAGUCAGUGGGAAGAUCGAUGGUGGAGGAUGAGCAGGUGGAGCUGGCGGGCAGCCUCCUCAAGUUGGCCAAGGAGAAGGGCGUCAAGCUGCUACUGCCCGAAGACCUUGUCGUCGCGAAUAAUUUUGCCGCUGAUGCCGCGAGCAAGGAGGUUUCAGCAAAUGACAUUCCGAAUGGCUGGAUGGGUCUCGACAUCGGCCCUAACACUAUCAAAGACUUCUCUGAAGUGAUUAGUGACGCUCAGACCAUCAUCUGGAACGGCCCCAUGGGAGUCUUUGAAUUCCCAGCCUUCGCCAAGGGAACCAUUGCAAUUGCCGAAACUCUAGCAGGAGCGACAGCAAAGGGUGCCACAACCAUCAUUGGAGGAGGUGACAGCGUGGCAGCAGUGGAACAAGCAGGAUUGGCUGACAAAAUGAGCCAUAUUUCGACAGGUGGCGGUGCGUCGUUGGAGCUGUUGGAGGGUAAGGUGCUCCCUGGUGUUGCUGCACUUGAUGAAUUGUUGGGCUGA